GCAGGAGGAGGUGGCGAAGCUCGGGCUCCGAUGCGGAGACAGCGUCUGUCACUCAGAGAAACUUUGUAUCUUGUUGACAUUUAUUCGUGUCGCCACCGCUCGGUUUUUUUGUAUUCCUUAAAAAAAAUCCCAAUUUUAUCUGUAGACCCUCUAUUGCUCCCUGUCUCUCGCUCUCUCUCUAUCUCCGGCCCCAUGCAGUCUGAGUCGGGAAUUGUUCCGGAUUUUGAAGUCGGAGAGGAAUUUCAUGAAGAAGCGAAAACGUUUUACGAGCUGAAGAGUCAACCACUGAGCCGCAGCAAUUCAUCAGAGCCGCAAGGAUCAGCUAAACCCCCAUUAACCUCCUCCAAUAUGACAUCACGAAUACUGCUACGACAGCAGCUCAUGCGCGAGCAAAUGCAGGAGCAAGAACGACGAGAACAGCAGCAGCAGCAGCAGGCAGCACAAUUCAUUCAGCAGCGAGUGCCAGUCAGCCAGACACAGGCCAUCAACGUCAGCGUCCCCACCAGCCUACCCACAAAUACCCAGGUGCCAAUGGAAGUCCUCAAGGUGCAAACCCACCUUGAAAAUCCAACCAAAUACCACAUUCAGCAAGCCCAAAGGCAGCAGGUAAAGCAGUAUCUGUCAACCACCUUGGGCAACAAGCUGACAAACCAAGCCUUAAGCAUGCCCUGUUCUAACCAACCAAGUGAUCAUGCCAUGCCUCCAGGAACUGGAAGCAGUGCACCUAACAGCCCAAUGGCCAUGCUAAACAUCAACUCAAACUGUGAAAAAGAGGUCUGGUUGCCAGAAAUGAAAAUGAUGGAUGAUGUCAUUGAUGACAUUAUUAGCUUGGAGUCAAGUUAUAAUGAUGAUAUCCUUGGACUGAUGGACCCAGGAAUUCCAAUGGCUAAUACGUUACCGGUGCCUGGUAACAUGUUGGAUGUCUACAACAAUCCAGGAAUGGCAGCUCCUGCCAUUACCAUCAGCAACUCCUGUCCAGCGAACCUGCCGAACAUUAAAAGGGAACUCACAGAAGCUGAAGCCAGAGCACUUGCCAAGGAAAGGCAGAAGAAGGACAAUCAUAAUUUGAUUGAAAGGAGGAGGAGGUUCAACAUUAACGAUCGUAUAAAGGAACUGGGUACAUUAAUUCCAAAGUCCAAUGACCCGGAUAUGCGCUGGAACAAAGGCACUAUUCUGAAGGCAUCUGUGGAUUAUAUUCGAAGGCUUCAAAAAGAGCAGCACAGAGCAAAAGACUUUGAGUCACGACAGAAGAAACUGGAGCAUGCCAACAGACACUUACUACUAAGGAUACAGGAACUUGAAAUGCAAGCCCGUGCACAUGGAUUGCCACUUGUUAACCCUUCUGGCCUCUGCUCACCUGACCUUACCGGACGGAACGUUAAACUAGAACCAGUAAAUGAUGAGUGCCACAGUGAUAGCUUGCAGCACCACUCAGACCUUCCUCGCACUACCACGCUGAAUCUUGCUGAUGGAACUCUCACCUUCAAUGAUAACCUUGGACAUGCUGGCACCUACAAUGCUCCCACAAAAAUGGGUUCUAAGCUAGAUGAUAUUCUGAUGGACGAUACUCUGUCCCCUGGGGAAGCUACUGACCCACUCCUAUCAUCUGUAUCACCUGGUGCUUCAAAGACAAGCAGUCGGCGAAGUAGUAUGAGCGUAGAAGAUAGUGAAAAUGGGUGUUAGCAAGAAAAAAGCCUUUUUUAAAUCUCCAUCUGAUACUUCAGUUUUCCUUAAAGUUCUCUUUGUGUUUUUUAUUUAGCUUAAAAAACCCUCUUUUGCAAUGGUAAACCUAUUUAUCAGUCCAAUAAAGAGUUUAAGUCGGCGGAAUAAAUAGAAAUAAAUGGAAGCAUUGGAAGAGCAGAGGCGUAUCUGUCUACAGAAAGACAGGAAACUGUUAAAUGACAGAUAGACAGAGCAGGCAAUGAUGACACUCAGAAGGUAGAAGACAAAGUAGCCCUUUGGGAAGGUAGAUGGUUGAUUUUAUUUUGAAGUCACUUAAGGCCUUUAAGUAAAUGUAGGAAAAAAAAUCAAUGUACCCUUUAAUUUGGGCAAAUAUUUUCUAUUGUCUGUUUCUUAACUUUUACAUAUAUUUUAAUUCAUUUUUACAGCUGGUUUCGAUUUUGCAUGACCUGUACGCAUUGAUUUGUUUUCAUGCUAGUCCUUUGACAUUUUUAUUUUUUAUUUCUGAGUAUUUAGUUGUAUGAAUGUGCAUUUACUGAAGGGUACUAGUAUUCAGUAGGACAAUACUUAAUAUUUCUUCAGUACGUUUUUAGUGAAGGGUUUGGUGCAUUGGCCACAGACACUUAAGGAAGCCAGGACAAGACAUUUUUAGUGAAAUGUCUGCAUAUUUUGUAUAUCUAAAUUCAAUCUUAUUUAGACAUGUUUUUAAAUUAACUUUGAAAAUAAGAGCAUUACUUGUUCAGAAAACAUGAUUGUAGUUAACUAUAUCUAAAGUGAUGCUUUAGUAGCUAACAUGAUGUGCUAUUUAUUUUAUUUUUAAACAGUAGGAGUGUAACUAUUAGAAGAAAAUGUGCCGUGUGUAGUUGGAACUCGACCUUUUAAUCCUCUAAUGAUACCUCUUCUGGUAGUAGAUCUACAUGUUGAGUCCUUUAGCAUUGCAGCAUGCUAAAAAAGAAAACAGCUUACUGCUUAUGAAAUUAUUACUUGAUAAUGUACAUGCUCUUGAUGAGGUUAUUCGGAUAAUCUUGCUGAUUGUUUGACGUCUGUCAAGGUAAUGGCCAGUUCAGGGUAUUUAUGAGCUGCGUUGCUCAUGGUGAGGGAAGCGGAGGAGAUAAACUGCAUUGCAUUGUGAGGCAAGGUGAGGGGGAGGACAAAAUUAAGAUGAGACGCACAGUUUUUUCUGUGAGUGAAAAUUAAUUUCUAAUUCACAAGCAAAUACGCCAAAAUAGAUGUAGAUAGUCUUAGUCUUGAGCAAGAUAAAUUGUGUGUUCUACAAUAAAUUCCUUUACAUCUCAUUCACAAUUUUGCAGUUGUAAAAUUUGUAGAACAUAAUAUAAUAUAUGGAAAUGUUUGGUGAGAAUGAUUAUUUACCGUUGUGUAUUGUGAUGUACUCCACUCACCCCUGCCACAGCAGAUUUAUAGUGAUGAUCAAGAAAGGACUAGCAUUCUGUCAGAGCAAAUCAAUCAACUGAUCAUCACAAUGAUUGGAAUAACCCUAUUUUAACUACAACAGUGUUGUAAGAGUAGAAAUAUGAUGCUACAUCAUCUACUUUGUUGUAGAUCUAUGCAAUUUCAGUAGAUGUAUUUGCAUUGAACUGUGCCUAGGUAAUUAUUUUACACUCAUACCAUUAGCUGUGUGAAAGGUGUGAAGAAGAGAAGAAUUUUUAAAUAGGUUUAAAUUUAUGAUGUACUGUAUGUGGCAGCGGAACAUGAUGAAUUCAGAAUGAAGUGCCUUAAAAUCGAUUGCUAAGUCUUUUGGAUAUGCACUGACUGAAGGGUGUAAUACGUGAGGGUUUGGCCUGUGUACAAGUAUAUAUGACUUUGCUUGCUGCCUGAAUUCAGAAUGUGAGCUUCCAAUUUCUUUGAUGAUAUGAUUCAAAGUUUUAUUGACAUUGUGCCACCCUUCUGUGUAACUAACCUCAAGAGACUGCUUUUACGUUUAAUCUGAAGGGAAUUGACUACACAGCCUAGUUCUGCCAAAAUCCUGGGAUAGGAGAAAAGUAUGCAAUACUACAUGUUAAGUUGAAAGCAAUAAUUCUUGUUAAACCUUUUCAAAACAGCAAGUGGAGAAAAAUAGGUGAAAUAAUGAAAGAUAAGCACAACAGCCAUGCACUUAUGGGGAUGCGAUUUGAAAUAAAAGAUGCACUUGAUAGUUUGGAGAAUGUUGGUUUAGCUGUUAACAAAUUAUAAAACCUGUGUUUCUUGAAAAGUAGCUUAAAAUACUGCCUUUUAAUGAACUAAUUGAUACUGUAAUGUGAUAUUCAUUUGCUGCCAGAUGCAGCAUGAUUUGUGUAUGAUCCACUGGAAUGUAAAUCACAGACUAUAAUUUCUGUUCUGUUUUAACCCUGGCCUCACUAUAAUAGAAGAUGCACAAUUAUUGGCUGUAGUUUGUCUUUUAUACUACAAGGGAACCUGACCAUUUAACCAAUGAAUACCAUUGGAGUGGCCAGCAUUUUAUGUGAUUAAUAAUCACGCACCAUAAAUUGAAAAUUAUUGUGGUUGUUGGAGGCCAAUCAUGUCAGCCCCAGGAUAUCACUGCAGGCAAGUUCUUCAGGGUAUUGUCUUAGGUCCAACCAUCUUCAGCUACUUCAUCGCUGAUUUGCCCUCCAUCAUAAGGUUAGAGUGGAGAUGUUCACUGAUGAUUGCACAGUGUUCCGUUCCAUUAGAAACUCCUUAGACACUGAAGCAGUCCCUGCCCACAUGCAUCAAGAACUGGACAACAUACAGGAUUGGGCUGAUAACUUGUAAGUAGCAUUUGCAUCACACAAAUGCAAGGCAAUGAACAUCUCCAACAAGAGGGAAUCUCAUCAUCUCCUUAUGACAUGCAACAGCAUAGCCAUCACUGAAUCCCUCAUCAGUUAGAAUCAAAAUCCUGAGGGUUACAAGUGACAAGAAACUUUGGACUAACCGUAUAAAUAUUGCGGCUACAAGAGAAGGUCAGAGGUUAGGAAUUCUACAGUGGGUAACUCACUCCCUGACUCCCCAAAGCCUGUCCACCAUCUACAAGACACAAGUCAGGAGUGUGAUGGAAUACUUUCCACUUCCCUGGACUGGGAAGCUUGAUGCAAUCCAGGACAUAGCAGCCCACUUGACUGGCACCCCAUCCACCACCUCAAACAUUCACUCCUCACAAUCAGUACACCAAGGCAGCAGUGUGUACCAUUGACAAGAUGCACUGCAACAACUUACCAAGACUCCUUCAACAAAUGCUCCUCCUUCCAAACCCAGGACCUUGAGCACCAGAAGAACAAGACAGCAGGAACAUGGAAACAACAUCACCUGCAAAUUCCCCUCCAAGUCACACAACAUCCUAACUUGGAAAUAUAUUUCCAUUCCUUCACUAUUACUGGGGCAAAAUCCUGGAACUCCAUCCUUAACAGCACCAUGGGUGUACUUACACCACAUGGAGUUGGGUGGUUCAAGAAGUUGGCUCACCAACACACUCGCGAGGGUAAGUAGGGUAGGGCAAUAAAUGCUGGCCUUACCAGCUACCUGCAUAUCCCAUGAACAAUUUUUUUUUUUUUAAAGUUACACCACCUGAUAAUUAUGUAUCUUCUGUAUAUUUUGGCUCAUUUUCAUAUUUAUGCCACAAUUAUUGUGCCAUGAAAAGGACCCUGUGAAUCUUUAAAUAAUAUGCAUUCAAUAUAACUAUACACUGGCUAUCCUACAACCUAGUAAUACAUAGAGAAAUGCAAAAUGUGAUACCCAGGUUUACCUGGGGCCUAAGCCACAGCAACAGAAACUGUCUGACUCCAUUACUCAAUGUUUCUGGCUAUUUGUAUUGGUUUACCUCACUUAAAAUCAUUACUAAACUAAAAUAAACCAACACUUUCCCAAAAAAAUGGUCUGAGGUGCUGUAAUUUGCCUAUACUUUUGUGUCAUGGAGAAAGUAAAGUGUGUUUGUGAAAAAUGCAACCCUUUAUGUUAUACAGCUUUGUUGCGUGUGGGUUAGGAAAUCAAAUCUCUUGAGUACUGUUUUCCUGGGAUUCCUCCACAGCAUCAGAAGCCAGUGCUAUAGUAUAAAUGAUGACUAUUGUGUACUUAUUGGUGUAUUCCUAUCCAGAAUAUCUCUUUCUACAUUGUGAUUUCCAUCCGCAAUUAACACUCAAGUCUAAAAAAUAUUAAAUAUUGUGUUAGUUUCAAAUUGCACAAAAUAGGGUAAAAAGCACAGUAAAUAAAAAAAGGUGUGAGUUGCCACUUAUGAAGAUAAGUUCGAAAGGCUUCUUUAUAGCUUCAGCACCUCUACAUAGAUUCCAGGUUCAGAGACUAUUCUCUGAGGUUCUUCUGUUACAUAAAUUAUAAGCAACAAUAUUGUGACAACAUUUAAUGAACCUGAAACUGCAGCUUCUGAUUGUUACUUUUGUAAAUAUAUUUGUAAGUACACUUGAUGGAAUAGUACCUGUGGUUAGUUUUUAAGUUUCAAAAUUUUUACUUUUUGCCAAAAAAAUUUUACAUUAUUAUUGUAUAGAAUUGGUUAAUAACAUAGUUACCAACACAUUUAAAUAAAGGGCAUCAAAAGAUUGCCUUUCUCUU